GGCCUCAAUGGUUAGGUUCAUUUACUAAAUUUUUUUUUUUGCGAGUAAGUGUAGAGGAAGAGUGAAGCUCUUUCUAGUACAGUCUAUGAAGUUACACGUAAAUAUUAAGAAGUAUUGUUAUUUUUUCUGUUCUCUCACAAGUGGUGUGCAUCUGUAACGGUUGGAAUAUAGUGGUGUCCCUGUACUACCAUGGAUUCGAAGAAAGUUGAAGAACUGGAGAUGUUUGUGAUGGCGUGCAUAGCUAAUCCGGCCCUGUUACACGCGCCUAAUCUACAGUUUUUUAGGGAAUGGUUAGAAAGCUUGGGAGCAACAAUUCCCCCUGUACCAAAAGCAGCGUCUUCGCCUGAAUCGCCACCAGAGCCAAAGCAGAAAGAAGAAAAAAAAGCUCCAAAACCUCCUGAGCCAGAAUCGGAAAGUGAAGAGAGCGAACUGGAAAUUGACCAAGAGGGAGUGAUCGAGCCAGAUAUGGAUGAGGCUCAGGAAAUGGGAGACGAGAACAUGGAGGUAACAGAGGAGAUGAUUGACCAAGCCAAUGAGAAAAAAAUGGAGGCUAUUAAUGCACUAAGUGAAGGUGAAAACCAAAAAGCACUUGAGCUGUUAACUGAAGCCAUUAAAUUGAACCCUUGUAUGGCUAUGCUGUAUGCCAAAAGAGCCAGUGUUUACUUGAAAAUGCAGAAGCCCAACGCAGCUGUGAGAGACUGUGACAGAGCUAUUAGCAUCAACCCAGAUUCUGCUCCUCCAUACAAAUGGAGGGGAAAAGCACGUAGACUCUUGGGCCACUGGGAAGAAGCUGCUAGAGAUCUUGCUAUGGCUUGUAAGCUAGACUAUGAUGAUGAGGCUAGCAGCAUGCUGAAAGAAGUUCAACCUCGAGCACAGAAAAUAGCUGAACACAGGAGAAAGUAUGAACGGAAACGAGAAGAGAAAGAAAUUCAAGAGAGGAUGGAGAGAGUGAAGAAAGCACAAGAGGAACAUGAAAGGGCAAGAAGGGAGGAAGAGGCCAGGAGACCACAGACAGGAGCUGGUGGAUUCCCAGGUGGAUUUCCUGGUGGGUUCCCUGGUGGAAUGCCUGGAAUGCCCGGAAUGCCUGGGCUCAAUGAACUGCUUAGUGACCCUGAGAUUCUCACAGCCAUGCAGGAUCCGGAGGUAAUGGCAGCAUUCCAAGAUGUGGCACAAAAUCCAGCAAAUAUUUCCAAAUACCAGAGUAAUCCCAAGGUUAUGACUCUUAUCUCCAAGCUUUCAAACAAAUUUGGAGCUCAUGGUGCUCAUCCAUAAAGACUUUGCGCUUGAGAUAACAGCUGCAAAACACUUGUAAUCAUGGUAGUUUCCUAUGAAGCAGACCGAUGAAACUGUUUGUGGGAGUACUGGACAGAAUAAAACUUGUAUAUGUAUAUUCA